CCAAGGGGAACUUUCAUAGAAAAGGAGAACUGAGACUUCUGGUGGGAGUGGGGAGGAUAGAGAAAGAGCUGCACUUCUCAUGCCCUUGUGAGAGGAUAAAAACAGGACUCAGGCAUGAAUCGCUCACAUCGGACAAGCUUUGCAGAGAUGAAGCUCCUUCUGUUCUUGGGGCUGUCCCUCCUCGCAGUUCUGGUGGUGCCCAGUGCUGAGGGCAAGAUAUUUCAGAGAUGCGAGCUUGCCAGGGUGCUGAAGCAGCAUCAGUUGGAAGGGUUUGUGGGACGCAAAGUCGCUGACUGGGUCUGCCUGGCACAACACGAGAGCAGUUACAAUACCGCGGCUGUGCAUGACAAUGGACGCAGCCGUGACUACGGGAUCUUCCAGAUCAACAGCCAGUACUGAUGUGAUGAUGGCAAGACGGCUGGCUCCAAGAACGCCUGCCGCAUUUCCUGCUACAAACUCCUGGAUGAUAACAUUGCGGAUGACAUAGCAUGUGGCAAGCAGAUUGCGAGGGAAGCGAGGGGCCUGACCCCCUGGGUUGCCUGGAGGAGACACUGCCAAGGGAAUGUUGACCCAUAUGUCAGGGGCUGUUUCUAGUUCAGUAUCUCUGGAAGCAACUGGGUCACUGAAGAUGAUCCAUGUGGGGAGUUGAUGGUAGUUGAAAAUGGGUCACUGGUAAAUUAGCUAUAUCUCUUAGCCUCCUAUCUCAAAGAAAGACAGCCCAGGGUUUGCAAAACACCAACCACCAGAGAUAGUCUAGUCAAUAUCUCCAAAUGAUAUUUUGUGAUGGGCUCUUUCAGAUUGUUAGAAACUAAUAAAAGGAAUAGAUAGACUGCA